GUGUGUGAAGAAGACUAGUGAAUUAGGAAGAAAACAAAACUGGUGUCCUGGAAGCCAAGUAAAGAAAGUAUAUUUAGGAGGAGCGACUACUCAUUAGUCUAAGGGCCAAAUAUUAUGCAUUGGGCAUCUUUAAUCUCCUCUGUCAAACAGACCCUCUUUCAGCCCAUUUUAGUGGUUUUCUCUCCAGUACUAAGACCCUCCACAGAGAGAACUGUCUGAGCCCUACCAUAGUUUCUGUUCUCUUGUGGACUUAGAAUUCUUUAAAUAUUAGUUUAAAUACUGCAGUGUAAUGAAUAAGGGUUAGACUCCUGGGGUCGACAGAAUUUUCCAAAGGAUCCCAUCCUAUCACUUUGAGGUAGAUUUAAAGUAAGGAAAAGAGCAGCAUCCUUCUUCCUUCAGUAUCUAGUUAUCAUAGAAUGUCAGAAUUAGAAGUAACCUCAGGCAGCAGCUAGGGCUAAACCAAAGCCCCCAUUUUAAAGAUAAAGUGAAACCAAGUGGAAGACAGUGUCUUUUCGGUGUCAGUCCACCUAACAAUCAGUAUCUGUCAAUGAUUAUGGGCGUCCCUCCCCCCGCCUGAAAAUAAAAUGAGAGGAGUGAGGAAAAUGCUGAAUCAUGAAACAUUUAUCUCAGUUCUCUUAUCUCACGGCCUUGGUGACGCCGUGAAGCCGCCGUCCAACCCGUCCCCGCUCUUCCCCUCACCUCAGCCCAGACCAAAGCCGUUCCGGCUCAGGCGCGGUGUGGGCAGCCCCGGUGAGGGCCUUUCUGCCGCCGGGCGCCCGGGUCCUUCAUCAGGUCUCCCUUUGUGCCCGCGAACAUGGCGGCGGCCACGGUUGCAGCCCCGGGCCGAGCUCUGCGAGCGGGCGCUGAGCGGCUGCUGAGAGGAGGAGUCUGCGAGCUGCUUCGGCCCCGACGUGAAGGGGGCACCCCCGGCCUGGAGCGUGACUUCAGCCUCUCUCAAAAUCGGGGUACGGUCAUCGUGGAGCGCUGGUGGAAGGUGCCACUGGCCGGGGAGGGCAGGAAGCCGCGCCUGCAACGGCGACACCGCGUCUAUAAGCUGGUGGAGGACACGAAACACCGGCCAAAAGACAAUCUGGAGCUCAUCCUCACUCAGUCUGUGGAGGAACUUGGAGUCCGGGGUGACCUGAUCUCAGUGAAGAAAUCUGUGGGCCGUAAUCACCUCCUGCCUCAGGGACUGGCUGUAUAUGCAUCCCCUGAAAACAAGAAGCUCUUUGAAAAGGAGAAAUCGCUGAGACAAGAAGGAAAAUUAGAGAAGAUCCAGACCAAGGCAGGUGAGGCGACAGUGAAAUUUCUGAGAAGCUGUCACCUGGAGGUGGGGAUGAAGAACAAUGUCAAAUGGGAACUGAACCCUGAAAUAGUUGCCCGCCACUUCCUCAAGAAUCUUGGUGUUGUGGUUGCCCCACACGCAUUAAAGUUACCAGAAGGGCCUAUCACACGGUGGGGCGAGUACUGGUGUGAGGUGACGGUAAAUGGGCUUGACACUGUGAGAGUGCCUAUGUCUGUGGUGAACUUUGAGAGGCCCAAAACUAAAAGAUACAAGUACUGGUUAGCCCAGCAAGCUGCCAAGAGCAUGGCCCCCACCAGCUCCCAGGAGAUCUGAACCUGCUCUCUCUUAAAGAUAAGCAAAGCAGAAUCAGAAGAGCAGUGGAACAAAAAUAGGCCAGCACUCUGAUCCCAAUCCCAGCACUGACCAAAUAUGGAAUUUUAGAGAACAUAUAGAGACAUCAGACUGAACUGCAUAUACAUGUUGAAUUCUUCAUAUUUGCCAUUUCCAUCUUCAACUGUCAUGAUAUCCAGCCUUAUUGGGGCAGUCCUGCUCAACAAGUACCAGAUUUGAUAAGCUGGAUAUCAGUGGACUGAAACAGUGCAGAUUCUGUUUCGCCUCUCUCUCCAUUGGAGUUCAUUGGAACAGAAGGAAGAGCUAGCCAUUGUCUCCAGUACUUGGCUUAUUCUCAUCAUCCAAACAGAACAUUUGUAUCUCAAGCAAAAAUAAAGAGGUUGUGUUCUU